AACGGUCACUCUAAACAGCUGCUUCAAUUUAUUUUCAUUGCAAACAGUUCUUCCGAAUUUUUUCGAUUGUUUAUUGCACAAAAUGCUGACCGACCGAGUGCUCGCCACCAAGGAGGCGCUAGUUGUGGCUCUGGGCGACAACUGGGAGCGCUACCGGGCCAAUAUGAAGAACUGGUUUCGCAACCGUUGGUCAAAGGAGGAAUUCGAUGCGGAGUCCCGGAAAAUACUCUCGCCGGAUAAACUUCACCUUCACAACCAAUUCCUGCUUGCACUGCUUAACAAGAUCGACGCCUUCUCUCCGAUAGAGAACCCUCCGGCUGUCCAAACCAGCAGCAGUGGAAACCGGAGCAAGCGGCGCAAGAGGAGUUCCCGCACCUUCGCCGAGCGCCUGAACUUCGAGCUCUGCGAGGUCCUGGAGUUUGUGGCCGAGGACAACAUGCAGGUCAUCCGGCCACCGCCCACGAUCGGGGGGUCCACGGAGCAGCAGCCCAUGCAGCAACAGCUGCCGUCACAGCGCUACUGCGCCCAGGAGCUCUUUCUGCCCGACGCGGGCUUUAUAAUGGGCCGCUUUUUAAUCGGCGCCUGGGAAAUUGGACUCGUCUCCGUGGACGACAACGUCGCCGAGUACGUGGCCAUGGCCGUGCAGGUCCUACUCAAGGAUCUGCUGUCUGCCAUAAUCAAAAAGCGAAAGCACUACAAGACCAGUGGCGAGGGAAACUUCUAUUACGAUGUGGGUGCACCGCUGCGGGAUCCUUCGCUGCGAAACACGGUCACCCGUCAAAAGGUGGACGACACACCGCUCGAACUGGACAAGGAGCUGAACACGGCCAACUUCAUGCGGCGACAAAACGACGAUGUCACCUUCCUUUCUGCCUGUGAAGAAGUCCUGCCCAGCGAACGCACAGUAAUCACCCUCAAGGACUGCCAGCUAGCCUUCCGGGAUCGCAACCUGAUUGGCUCCCAUGCCGUAUACUCCAUCAACAUGGAACGGCUGAACAUGAUGAUGCAUUAGUUUUUAAGGCUUACUUAUUUAAUAUCAGCGCAAUUUAAAAUUACAAACAAUAUACGUUAGUGUAAAAGAA